AUGUUGAAAGAUUUACACAGCGUUGGGAUGCUAAUGUGCUCCGUCGCCUUGGCGGGGACAGCCUCCGACGCCUCGCUGAGUUCGCUGCUGGCGGCGCGGCUGCGGCAGAGAGUGCCGCUGGCCAUGCUGCUGGCGCGCUGGGUGGCGGUGAGUCGGCCGGACCUGGCCCUUGCCGCCCCCCGCCUGGUCGCCAUGUUGCGGGAGGAAGCUGGCAGCCGUCCUUCCUCCCGCGCGCGGGUGAGCGCUGAGGAGCUGCACGAACAGCUGGCGGCGGCCUUUGGCAGAGACUGGCCGGAGGCCCUGCUGCUGGACUUGCUGCCCAAAGGCGCUGACCCGGUCUUCGAGAUUUUUCGCGCCGUCUUGCGGGAAGAUGAGCUGGUCAAGCUCCAGGAGAGAUCGCGGGAGGCAUCAACCAGGAAACCGAAUGGCAAACUGGCCAAGGUGGCUGAGGCUGCUGGGGCGCGGAGCGCGGCUGUUUGGGCGCGGCAUCCGGGCAUGGAACUCUGCGCAGAGGCGGACCUGCUGCUCGCCAGCAUGGGUCUCCGCCUGCUGGCGCGCUUGGGGCUGGUGUCGACCGGCGCGGAAGAAACCUUCCAGAGCUUCGCGGACUUCGCGCGGGGCCAGCUGGACCUCCGCACCGAGGCCUGGUUCCGACAGCAGCUCCGAGCGGCCUUGGGCCCGCCCGCGCCUUGCAUCUCGGUGCCGCGGAGCAUUGGCCGCGCGAGCGCGGAGGUGGCCUUGGUCACCUGGGAGGACGGAAUCUGCCUCUCCGAGGUGUGCCGGCGUCCCUUUGGAGCCUACGUCGAGGAUUCGGAGAUCGCCGCCCGGCGAAAUGCCGCGCGGAAGCUGGCUCGCACCUUUUGGGAACUGCUCUUCCAGCGUAGCCUCGUGCUGGGUGGACUCUGUACAGGCAAUGUCCUGCUUCGCACGGCCAUGGAGGAUGAGGAUCAAUUGGAGGUGGUGCUGCUGCGGUGCGGCUUGUGCCACCAGGUGGACGCGGACACGCAGCAGGACCUGCUGGACCUUGCCAGAGCGCUGCGAGAACCCUCGCCCGCGCCGGAGAUCGGACGUUUGAUUCUGACCCGAGUGCACUUGCGUGCUGGCGGCUGCGAGGACGAGGUCCGGGAGUUCGACGGCUUCGUGCAGGGCAUCGAAGGUUUUCUAGGCGGAAAGCAUCCGGGCCAGAUGCGCGGCGCGCUGUUGCUGCACCGGUUUCUGGACUGCCUCCGGCGGCACCGGCUACGCAUCAGCCCCGCCCAGCUUCGUGUGGCCACGUCCCUGGCUGCGGCCCAUACGGUCUGCUCUUCCAUGGACCCCUUCAGCAACGGGGGCUUGCUGGAGGCGCUCAAUGAGGUGGCCAAGCUCCGGGAGGGCCAGUGCCUUCGUCGAGGCGACAUCCGGAAUACCGUGGAUGCGUCAGCGGAUGAGCUGGUCAGGGGAGUCGAAGCACAAGUGUCGCAAGAGGAGAUGAGUGACAUGGCGGUGCCGAAGACUCCGCCAAAAGCCGCAUCGGCUGAACAUGGGCACGCUGCGAGGAGUUUCCGCCAAUCCGUGGAGGACAACCUGGCCUCUGCCCGGGCGCUUUUCCAGACCGGCAAAACCACGGCCAGGGAGGCCCCGCAGCCUUGGCCUCGACGAAUGGUCCCACCCAAGGCGAGCUUGGCGCAGCAGGCGGCGCAGAAGGUGCAGGCGCAGGCGAUUCCAAAGAAGGAAGAGCUGGUGCCACGCAUCAAGAAGCUACAGCGCGACGAUAAAGCUGCGGCAGCCAAGUGGGCUGCCUACUGCGACGUCAUGCGCACCGGUCUCCAUGAUCCUGCGAGACACACAGCCCGAACGCUGCAUGCGUUUCUAGAGGCCUAUGAGAGGGGCGAAGUGCCAAAGCUGAUCUACAGCCCGGUGGUGCGGCUGCGCGGCGUGCCAUUCCAAAGCGAACUGAACGACGUGGUGGUCUUCCUGCGAGACUACGGCGUGGCACACAACCAGAUCACUAUCGGGUUCAACGCUGAAGGGAAGAAGACGGGCGAGGCCUUCGUGACGUUGCCGUCGGUUGAGAUGGCGGAACGGGUGCUGCAGGAGAAGCAGAACAAGCUGAUCGACGACCGGUACAUCGAGGUGUUUCGGUCGUCCGAGGAGAACCGCGCUGAAGCGCAGGCACUGGCGGCCAAGAGCGGUUCCCACCCCGCGCAGGGGACGGGCCUCACGCCGCACCCCCCGAAGAGCCCCCCGGUGGGCCUUCCGAAACCUGGCGGACCGCUGCAGCAAUGGCCCCGGUCCACGCCGCACACGGUGCCCCACGCGUCGUCGGCGUCGGCUCCGGCGGUGCCUCCGGCAGCUCCGGCGGUGCCUCCGGCGGCUCCGGCGGUGCCUCCGGCGGUGGUGCCGCCGAAGGUGAACCCUCCGCCGCCGCCGCAGGCCCCGAAGACGGUUCCCCCAAAGGCGGCCCCAAAGCCGGUGCCUUUGCCUAACCCGCAGCCAGCGCCCAAGCCGGCCCCCAAGCUGCAGCCCGCGCCAAAGUCUGCGCAACCCAAAGAGAAGCUGCAGCCCAAAGCCCAGCCCCCGAAACCAAAGCCCCAGCCCCCCAGCCAGCCGCCCCCGGCGGUGAAAGCGCAGCCGAAGCCCGCGGCACCGAAGCCGCAGCCGGCGGCGCCAAAGCUGAAGCCGCAGCCGCCUGCGCAGCCCCCGAAGCAGCCCCCGGCUCCGAAGCCGCAGCCAGCGCAGCCAAAGCCAAAGCUGCCGCUGCCGCCAGCAGCUAAGGCGCGGCCUGCGCCGGCAAAGGUGGCUCCCAAAGCCUCCGAGCGCGAGCGCAGUCGCAGCCCGAGGACGAGGCCUGCUGAGGCCAGCAAUGCUGCGAAGGCGGCGGCGUCAGCGGAUCCGGCAGCAUCAUCCCCAGCGGAGGGGUCUGGCGAGGGCGCUGUCAAGAAGGAGCAAGAGGCUGAGCUGGACGGCCUGGACCGGUGGCUGCGAAGCCUCGACGGCCCCGGCGUGAUGCUGAAGUACUCGGCAGCCUUGCACAGGGAGUUCAGCGACCUUUCGGAAUUGUCCGCCGUGGUGGUGGACCCCAGCGCCAAGGGCCUGAAGCUCGUGGAGCCCAGCGUCUGGGAGGCCUUGGGCAUCGAGACGCUGGGCCACAAGCUCUACUUCUGCAAUGGCCUGAAGAAGCUCACGUAGUCGUGAUUCCUGAUGUGGGGCUGGGCGUGCAAAAUCGCGAGAUCGAGUCAAC